GUUGGCUUACCGCUGAUCAUCAAUUCAGAAGACGAUCGGCAAGCAACAUGACUUCGUCCGUCUCAACAUUGCCGAAAAUAGGGCUUUGCUCUGACCUCAAGUCGUCGGAUUAUGAUGGUAUCGUGGUGGUCUCUCAUUCUGUCGAUGACCUUCCUUUAGACGAACUAAAGAGGCCUCUCAAGGCCGUAAUGGAUGUGGAUCAACUGGCGGUGCGUGGCCUGUUCGUUGUUCCCUGUGAUCUUCCUUGCAAGAGGAUCAUAUUUUCAGGAACGGGUCCUUUGAACCGGGACCAUGAAGAUGUUCGAAGUUAUGCUGAGGCCGCUCAAAAGGGCGUCGGUCGGGCCAUCAAGGCCGGUUGCCGGGCCCCUUGCUUGUUCUUUAACGUGAGACCCAAAUUCCCUCAAGCGGUUCUAGUCACGAUCUUGGGCGGUCUUCGAGCCCUUUACGUUCCCUUGGAAAUGCUAGAGGCAAAUCCAAAGCGGGCUCAAAAGGCCGAGAAGAUGGGCAUCUUCAGCAAAGACCAGACAAUGGCCAAGGAUUUGAAGUUGGCUCAAGCCUUGGAGGCAGGAAGAAUCGUCAGUCGGGAUAUCGGUGGUUCUGAUCCCGAGCGAAUGGCCGCCCCUCGAGUGGAAGAGUAUGUCCGUCAGGUCUUUGAAAACACCGGAAUCAAGGUGGAGGUGAUCCAAGGCCAAGCCACUUUCGAAAAGGAUUACCCUUGCUUUGCCGCCGUCAACCGUUGUGCCAGUGGGAUUCCUCGCCAUGAUGGGCGCAUCAUUUGGCUCACGUAUGAACCUGAAGGCCCCGUGGAAAAGACGCUCAUGUUGGUGGGCAAAGGCAUCACCUACGACACCGGUGGCCUCGAUAUCAAGACUGGAGGCGGUAUGAUGCACAUGUCCCGAGACAAGUGUGGAGCUGCUGAUUUGGCCGGAGUCAUGAAGACCUUGUCCAUAUUGAAGCCCAAACAGGUGAAGGUCAUUUGUGGCUUGGCCAUGGCUCGAAAUAGCUGUGGAUCCGAUGGGUAUGUUGCGGACGAGAUCGUGACUUCCAGGGCUGGCGUAAGGAUGCGGAUUGGGAACACGGACGCUGAAGGUCGGAUGGCCAUGGCGGACGUCCUUUGCCACAUGAAGGAGAAGGCUUUGAAGGAAGUGAACCCUCACUUGAUGACGGUGGCUACCUUAACUAGCCAUGCCUUUCUCUCUCAUGGUAUGUACUCAGUUAUCAUGGACAAUGGGCCCGCCAGAGAGGAAGGCUUUGCUCUAAAGUUGCAAAAGAUCGGACACGACUUUGGCAAUCCCUUUGAGAUCAGUACUCUGAGACGGGAUGACGUGGAGAUGAAUCGGGAUAAAUCGGGAGAAUUUGUCAGCCUGGUUCAGAGCAAUAACGCAUCCUCGGCCCAAACUAUGAGAGGUCACCAAAUGGCACCCGCUUUCAUGAUGUCGGCUUCGGGACUGGAUCAGCAUAUGGUAGAGGAUAAGCAGCCUUUGAAAUAUACUCAUUUGGACAUUGCCGGGAGUUGUGGACCUUUACCCGAGCCCUCUACGGCAGCCUCGGUGAUUCCUUUGGUCAUGAGUGCCAUUGGCCAAUAAAUAUCACGCUUCCUAUGACGGAAACAAUUAAUGCGGGAACAUUCUUCUCGGAAGCUCGA